CGGUGCCACCGAGACUUCCGGGGCUCCCAGUCCUCUGGUGCGUGGUCAAAGCGCUCACGCAACCUAAGGAUCGGAAGGCGGAGAGAACCCUGCCCUGGGCCGGGCCCGAGGCGACUCCGACAGAGUGGACAGACCCAGGGCAGACCUCGCAGAGACCUUGCUCUUUGGCCUCAGCUCCAGUCUUUUGCGGGUUCUGCUUGGAGGGGUCCGAUCCAACCACUGGGAGCUGAAGACUCGGCACUUCGUGAUCUCGGGGUCCCAGGGCGCUACCCAAGCUGGGGCGCACGCAGGAGGUUCGGUUCCACUCGCUGCACAGCGGGCAGCCAAGAAGGCGCCAAGGACAGGGGGCGGGGUGCGGGGCGGAGCCAGCCGGGAACCGCACCCCGGGCCUCCGGGCUGCCCUCCCCAACAGGCAUGGGGGUGUGGUCCCCAGCUGCGCACUCUUCUAGCUUCUCUUCCAGCUCUUGGAAACUUUGCACGCAGGCAACCGGCUUCCUGAGCUGCAGCCUAGACCGCUCGCCCCAACUGCGCCCAGCCCGCCCGGAGCUCCCAGGACGUGCGGACACACUCGGGGAUCGCCCUUGAGUGCGGGGCGCCGUGGGGGGCAAGCACUAGUGACCCCGGGGUGCAAAGCUGCAGAGCAAAGGCGAGAAGCAUGCGGGACUACGACGAGGUGACCACCUUCCUGGGCCAGUGGGGGCCCUUUCAGCGCCUCAUCUUCUUCCUCCUCAGCGCCAGCAUCAUCCCCAAUGGCUUCAACGGCAUGUCGAUCGUGUUCCUGGCGGCCACCCCGGAGCACCACUGCCGGGUCCCCGACUCCGCCAACCUGAGCAGCGCGUGGCGCAACCACAGCGCCCCGCGGAGCCUGCAGGACGGCCGCGAGGUGCCGCACAGCUGCCGCCGCUACCGCCUCGCGGCCAUCAGCAACUUCUCUGCGCUCGGGCUGGAGCCGGGGCGCGACGUGGACCUGCAGCAGCUGGAGCAGGAGGGCUGCCUGGACGGCUGGGAGUUCAGCCGGGACAUCUACCUGUCCACCAUCGUCACUGAGUGGAGUCUGGUGUGUCAGGAUAACUGGAAGACGCCCCUCACCACCUCCCUGUUCUUCGUAGGUGUGCUCCUCGGCUCCUUCGUGUCUGGGCAACUGUCAGACAGGUUUGGCAGAAAGAAGAUCCUAUUUGCAACCAUGGCUGUACAGACUGGCUUCAGCUUUCUGCAGAUUUUCUCCACCAGCUGGGAAAUGUUCACUGUGCUGUUUGUCAUCGUUGGCAUGGGUCAGAUCUCCAACUACGUGGUGGCCUUCAUACUAGGAACAGAAAUUCUUGGCAAGUCAGUUCGUAUUAUAUUCUCCACGUUAGGAGUGUGCACAUUUUUUGCAGUUGGCUACAUGCUGCUGCCACUGUUUGCUUACUUCAUCAGAGACUGGCGGAUGCUGCUGCUGGCGCUGACGGUGCCGGGGGUGCUGUGCGUCCCCCUGUGGUGGUUUAUCCCUGAAUCUCCUCGGUGGUUGAUAUCCCAGAGGCGAUUUCAAGAAGCUGAAGCUAUCAUCCAGAAAGCUGCGAAAAUGAACAACAUACCUGUCCCAGAGGUUAUUUUUGAUCCUUUGGAGCUGCAAGAGCUAAAACCCCUGAAGCAGCAGAAAGUUUUCAUCCUGGACCUAUUCAAGACUGGGAAUAUUGCUACAAUAACCAUUAUGUCUUUGAUGCUAUGGAUGUUAACUUCAGUGGGUUACUUUGGUCUAUCUCUCAACUCACCUAAUUUACAUGGAGAUGCUUACCUGAACUGUUUCCUCUCAGCCUUGAUUGAAAUUCCAGCUUAUUUUACAGCCUGGCUACUACUGAGAAUCCUACCCAGGCGUUAUAUCAUAGCCGGAGUCCUGGUUUUAGGAGGAGGUGUGCUUCUGUUAAUUCAGUUGGUGCCUGAAGAUUACAACUUCUUGUCCAUUGGUCUGGUGAUGUUAGGGAAAUUUGGGAUCACCUCUGCUUUCUCUAUGUUGUACGUCUUCACUGCAGAGCUCUACCCAACAGAAGUCAGGAACAUGGCUGUGGGGAUCACAUCCAUGGCCUCCAGAGUGGGCAGCAUCAUCGCUCCCUACUUUGUUUACCUUGGUGAGCACAACAGAAUUCUGCCCUACAUUCUCAUGGGCAGUCUGACUGUCUUGAUUGGAAUCAUUACUCUUUUUUUCCCUGAAAGUUUUGGAAUGCCUCUACCAGAGACCUUGGAGCAGAUGCAGAGAGUAAAAUGGUUCAGAACCGGAAAGAAAACAAGAGACUCAAUAAAUAAAGAUGAAAAUCCUAAAGUUUUAAUAACUUCAUUCUGAUAAAAUUUCCACUCUACUUGGUUACCUAAAACAAACAGAUACAUAAGACUCUGAAGAAACCAAGUUCUUUCCUGAUGAAAUGGAUUUAUGGACUACAGUGACUGACACUAAAAUCAACCUUGUUACUGAGAAAUACAUGUUAUAUUGCAAACUCUGGGCAACUGUUUCAAAUAAUCUUAAUUUUUUUUUUAGAAACAGAUCAUUUUUAGAGAAUUCUCCUUACUAAAUAACUUGAUGAAAUGAAUUUGUAAGGUUUUUGAAAAUGUGUGUUUCUCAAGAACUGGUAAAUUUCUAUAAAAAUUAAUACUCAUUUCCAAACAUAAAGUACUAUCCAAAUAAAAACAAUGCAGUUGUAGUAACACAAAUUAUGUGAUGAGAGAAAGAGAGAAUUCAUUGGCUUCGAUGAAUUCAAAAUUAUAGUUGGUUUCUAAGGCAGACUCACAUACUUCUGUGAUGAAAUUAUUGUAUACAAUAUUCCCAUCCAGAAUGUUUUAUACACUUCUUUGAAAAGAAUUCAUGGCAAAUUUUAAUUAAAUGUAUAUUAAAGUGAAAUGCAGCAAAAGAUCAAAUAGUCUGUCUCAUUUAGGCUAUCCAUAUUUUAUAGAGAACUAAAAUGGACCAAGCAGGGCUCACCAAGUAGGACUUGUGACUUGCAGUGAUGCAAUGCAUACAAACCAGGUUCAAAUCCCUUAUAUGGGAAUGCCAAAACACCAGGAAAAACUCUGGCCUCUCUCUGUGUGUAUCUUUCUGUCUCUGCCUCUCUCCAUGAAAAAGUUGGUCUGGGGAGGAGGGAUGCGGCUGGUGAAAUAGCUCACUUGAAUAGUGUGCUGCUUUGCCAUGUGGGUGACCCAAGUUGAGCCUGCCUUUGGUGUUGUUGCAUAUCUAUCUAUUAUAUCUAUCUAUCUAUCUAUCUAUCUAUCUAUCUAUCUAUCUAUCAUCUAUCUAUUUCCCCUUCUCUCUCCUUUCUUUCCUCCCCACAUCAUAAUAACAACAAUAAAAUGUUGACCUUGGAGCAGUGGAAUCAUGCAUUUGAGAUCUUGCCUCUGCAGAGGGGGUUAGGAGGGGGGGGUGGGGUAGGGGGAUGGGACAAAAGCAGUUCUUAACUAUGGUACCAGUGGUUUGCCUGACUCUUGGCAAAUAACCCCACCAUCACCACCCCCUUUUUUUUUUUCCAGAUAGAAGGAGUAAGGCAGACAGAGGAGGAGAGAUACUACAAAGUUCUACCACUUGGGAGACUUCCCCUUUGCAUAAUGUUCCCAUGUGUUGGCAGGUAUGAGGUAAUGAACAAGUUCUACCAAGUGAGCCAUCUCCAGGCUCCCGUUUGGCCCUUCUCAGAGGGCCAGCAAGUCACCUUCUGAAGAGUUGAGCUUUUGAGGUUCUAGCUUGGUCCCAUCUCUCUGUGUGUCUCUGUCUCCGUUUCUAUUAGAAAAAAUCAGCCCAGAAUGGUGAAGUCCCAGUGACAACUCUCACCCCCAAAGGAACUAAUUUAUGUGAGAGUAGCAUGGUGACAAGUUAUGGACAUUUUAACAAAUCCAUAGCUAAGAUACUCUUGUAGAAACAGAGAGUCCUAAGGUCAUUGUUUUCAAUUUUCUGUUUUUGAAUUAGUGAAUUAAUAAUGGUUUGCAAGAUUAUAAGAUUAUAGGGAUAUAGUUCCACACUGCACCCAUCACCAAAGUUCUGUGCUUGCCCCCACCCCCAUAUACACACAGUAACUACCAUAAUUCUCACGAAGUCUUAGAGACAGUUUGGUUACUUUUUUUUUUUUUUGCCAGUUUGUGUGUUUCAACUCUAUAUUCCACAUACAAGCUAAACCAUCAGGUAGUUGUGUUUCACUUCCUUAUUAAUUUCACUAAGCAUGAUCACCUCCAGAUCCACCCAUUUUGUCCCAAAGGACACAAUAUCAUCUUUUUUUUUUUUAACUGCAGAGUAGUAUUCAGUUGAACAUGUGUCUCAUAACUUCUUUAUCCAGUUGUCUGUCAAUGGGCACUUAGAUUGGUUCUACUCAUUGGACAUUGUGACUAAAGUUGCAUAUGUCCCUUUGAAUUAGUGUUUUUAUAUCCUUUGAUGUAUGUCAAUGAGAAACAUUGCAGGAUCAUGAGCUAUUUCCAGUUGUAUUUGUUUAAGGACUCUCCAUGGUGUGUUCCGAAGGUGCCUGCACCAGUUUGCAUUCCCACCAACAGUGUAACAGAGUUCAUUUUUCUCCAAAUGCACACCAACAUUUGUCAUUUCCUGUUUCAAUGAUGUAAACCAUUCUUACAAUUAUGAGACUGUGUAUCUCAUUGUGGUCAUAACUUACAUAUCUCUAAUGAUAAAUGGCAUAGAGCAUUUUUUCAUAUGUCUAUAGGAUAUAUAUAUAUAUAUGUGGACAUAUAUAUAUAUAUAUAUCUUAAGAUAACUGCUUAUUCAUAUCUUUUACCCAGUUUUGAAUUGGGUUAUUUGUUGUUGUUGAGCCAUGUGAUUUCUUUAUAGUGGUUUGAUAUCAAUAUCUUGUCAGAUGUGUAAUAUGCAAAUAGCUUCUAAUUUCUUUGUUGCCUUUUUAUCCUCAUGGAUUUUUCUUCUGAUGUGAUGAAGCUUUUCAGCUUAAUAUAGUCUCAUUUAUUUAGUUUCAGUUAUUAUUAUUAUUUAGUUUUUUACUAUUCAGUUAUUAUUAUUAUUUAGUUUCACUUGCUAAUGGGCUUAAGUCUCCAAAUACAUCUUUGAUGUUAAAGACCUGACGUGUGUCACUGGUGUUUUAUUCUAUGUAUUUUAUAGUUUCAAAUCUAACAUCCAGACCAUUAAUCCAUUUGAGAGUAUGGUGUUAAGUGAUGGUCUCUUCACACCUUUCUACAUAUGACUGUCCAGUUUUCCCAGCACUGUUUAUUAAAAUGUCCUUCUCUGACCACUUU